AUGGGCACUCAGCCACGCCGCACAUCCUGCUGUUCUCUCCUGCAAGCAAGGACGGGCACACGUCAUCGCCCACUUGUGCUCAGAACGAUCGAUCUCGCGCUUGUGGUUUGUGUCAGAGCUCCAUUGUCAUACGCCAUCAAGGACUCGGACGCGGCGACUGCGCACGGCCUCUGCGACCCUGCGACCACCGAUUCAGCGCACCACUUGCCGUUUUGCCCUGUUCGCUUCUGCUUAUCGUCACUUGCAGCCGCGAUCGUGUCGUCCCGCGAACUCGCUGUGUCAUCUUAUCUCGCUACCGAAGCAGGGAAGGAGCGGCUCCGCCGGGUCAUUGCCCCCGGCCUGCAGGCAUCCUCGUUCAACUCGGGCCCGCCUCUCACGUCCCUUUGCUCCCCCGUCGAGUCCAGCCCGACGUCAGCUACUCUCCCGCUCUCCUCCUCCAGUCCAGUCUCUCUCUCCGCGUUUGCGACAAACGCCGAACGUCGUUCAGGGCCCCAAGCGUCAGCCUUCCUCCGGCGUUGGCCCCACACCGCCCCUUCGACACCUGCGAUUGAGACCAUCGUAUUGUAACCUCGUCCGUCGACAGAGCCUCCUCGUCACCCUCUAUCCCACGACUCCUUCUUCGGCCACAGCCAACGAUAUUCCCCUUCGAAGGCACUCUUCCUGUCAUUUUCGUCCUAUAAUCGCCCAUCGUGUUCAACAAGAAUCUACAGGGCCCCAAGCCUGCCUCCGGCGUUGGCCCCAAACCGCCCCUUCGACACCUGCGAUUGAGACCAUCGGAUUGUAACCUCGUCCGUCGACAAAGCGUCCUCGU